AUGGCAGAUGAUCUACCAACUCGCACGCCACCCCCGGACGACGACAUUGGCCCAGAGGAAGAGAAGCAAUCACAAGCAACCAGGAAACAAACCACGGUGCUGAUGCAGCACUUCACUUUCUCAGAGAUUCGGGAGGUCUUCGUCAGCCAAUCGACAAAGAAGCAAGUCAACGUCUACUGCGCAAGAUUGACCUGCACAUCACGCCAUUGA